GGCCCCGAACCGCCGAAGAGAGAGGAGGCAGCGGUCCCGCUGCGUACGGGUCCCAGCAGACGCCUUCCGAGGGGCGCGGGAGGAAGGAGGGACGACCCUGCCUACAUGCAGCAGUCCUGGGGCCUCGCGCUCCCACUGCUGCUCCCCUGGGUGGCAGGUGGAUUAGGGAACGCGGCCAGUCCAAGGGAUCAUGGGUUGUCAACAUUGGCACGCCAGCCUGGGGUCUGUCACUAUGGAACUAAACUGGCCUGCUGCUAUGGCUGGAAAAGGAACAGCCAAGGAGUCUGUGAAGCUACAUGUGAACCAGGAUGCAAGUUUGGUGAAUGUGUGGGACCAAACAAAUGUAGAUGCUUUCCAGGAUACACCGGGAAAACCUGCAGCCAAGAUGUGAAUGAAUGUGGAGGGAAGCCCCGACCAUGUCAGCACAGAUGUGUGAAUACACACGGCAGCUACAAGUGCUUCUGCCUCAGUGGCCACAUGCUCAUGCCAGAUGCUACUUGUGCAAACUCUAGGACAUGUGCCCGGACAAACUGUCAGUAUGGCUGUGAAGACACAGAGGAAGGGCCACGGUGCCUGUGUCCAUCCUCAGGUCUCCACCUGGCUUCAAAUGGAAGAGUCUGUCUAGAUAUUGAUGAAUGUGCCUCCAGUAAAGCAGUCUGCCCCUACAAUAGAAGAUGUGUCAAUACAUUUGGAAGCUACUACUGCAAGUGUCACAUUGGUUUUGAACUGAAAUAUAUCAGUGGCCGAUAUGACUGCAUAGAUGUAAACGAAUGUUCCAUGAAUACCCGUACGUGCAGCCUCCAUGCCAAUUGCCUCAAUACCCAAGGAUCCUUCAAGUGUAAAUGCAAGCAGGGUUAUAAAGGCAAUGGAUUUCAGUGUUCUGUUAUACCUGAAAAUUCUGCAAGGGAAAUCCUCAGAGCACCUGGGACCAUCAAAGACAGAAUUAAGAAGUUGCUUGCCCACAAAAACAGCAUGAAAAAGAAGGUAAAAAUUAAAAAUGUCACCCCAGGACCCACUGGGACUCGCCACCCUAAGGUUAACUUGCAACCCUUCAGCUAUGAAGAGACUGUUUCCAGGAAUGGGAACUCUAAUGGAGAAAAUAAGAGGAAUGAAGAGAGGAUGAAAGAGGGGCUUGAAGAAGAUAAAAGAGAAGAGAAACCCCUGAAGAAUUAUGUGGAGCAGGAGAAAAGCCUUCGAGGAGAUGUGUUUUCCCCUAAGGUGAAUGAAGCAGGAGAUUUUGGUCUGGUUCUUGUCCAAAGAAAAGUGCCAAAUUCCAAAGUGGAACACAAAGAUUUAAAUAUCUCAGCUGAUUGCAGCUUUGAUCAUGGGGUCUGUGACUGGAAACAAGAUAGAGAAGAUGAUUUUGACUGGAAUCCUGCUGAUCGAGAUAAUGCUGUUGGCUAUUAUAUGGCAGUUCCAGCAUUGGCAGGGCACAAGAAGGACAUUGGCCGGUUGAAACUUCUCCUCCCAGACCUGCAACCCCAAAACAACUUAUGCUUGCUUUUUGAUUAUCGGCUGACUGGAGACAAAAUAGGGAAACUUCGAGUGUUUGUGAAAAAUAGUAACAAUGCCCUAGCUUGGGAAGAGACCAAGAGUGAGGAUGAAAGGUGGAAGACAGGGAAAAUUCAGUUGUAUCAAGGGACUGAUACUACCAAAAGUAUCAUUUUUGAAGCAGAACGUGGCAAGGGCACAAGUGGCGAAAUUGCUGUGGAUGGCGUCUUGCUGGUUUCAGGCCUAUGUCCAGAUGGUCUUUUAUCUGUGGAAGGUUGAAUGUUACUAUUGUCUUUUAUAUCUUUUUAUUUGGCUUUUUAUGUCAGUUCUCUGUGUUUUGAUAUUAUUGUAGGACACACCCCAUUUUAGAAAUCAAGCUGGAAAAUUGUAAAGUACCAACCAAAAUAUUAUUUUAAGAUGCCUUCUUUGUAACUGAUUUGCCAAUAUUUGCUUUGAAUAUAGUACUUCUGUGUCUUCUCAUUCAUUUAUGAAUUUUUCUACAUUAUAUUAUAAAAUAUGGAAAUUCCAGUUCAUCUCCAACGUAGCAUAUCUGAUUUGUCUAACAUGAGUUGAUGAACUUCUCCAUACAAUAUUUCUAGAAUCACAACAACCACAAAGAACAGAGAAAUGUUUAACUUCUAUGGUGCUUACUGGAAACUAUGAUAUUAAACAUAAACUUUGCCAAAGUGGCUCAAGCUGAUCUUUCAUAGCCUAGCUUGCAUGUUUAAAUUUUUUGUAAUAGUGUCCAAAUAAUCAA